GGCGCUGAAGAUGGGGACGCCGGUGGAGCCCGAGUACUUUGAGGAGGUGACGCUGUACUUCAGCGACAUCGUGGGCUUCACCACCAUCUCGGCCAUGAGCGAGCCCAUCGAGGUGGUCGAUCUCCUCAACGACCUCUACACCCUCUUCGACGCCAUCAUCGGCUCCCACGACGUCUACAAGGUGGAGACCAUCGGCGACGCCUACAUGGUGGCCUCGGGGCUGCCCAAGCGCAACGGCAACCGGCACGCCGGCGAGAUCGCCAACAUGUCCCUGGACAUCCUCAGCUCCGUCGGCACCUUCAAGAUGCGCCACAUGCCCGAGGUGCCCGUGCGCAUCCGGAUCGGGCUGCACUCGG